AUGAGGUGGCCUACUUUUGCUCUCGCCUUCCUGGCCGUCGCCCUGGCCCAGGAGACCACAACUACCGGCUCGAUAACCGACUCGAUCACCGGCUCGACCACCGACUCGACCACAGAGUCUGGACGAACCACCGAUGGAGCCACGGUUGUGUCGGUGACAACUCCCGUGGCUCUUCCUUCAGGUACCUACCAAGAUGUCAGCACAACCAUCACAUUGAGUGAUGGCGAAACAUCCGUGGUGGCCUCGACCACCCAUUACAACAGCUCAAUGACUGCCUCCAACCAGACGGCAAUCACCACAACUUCCCAAUCCUUGACUUUGCUGGUGGGGGGUGGUGGAACAACGGUUAUCGGCAACAGCAGCAUGAAUGCGACUGCGACUACGACUAGCACUGCGUCAAAGACACCGGUGGUCAACACACGGCCUUGUAACCACUACGCUGAGUUCUGUAACAGGAAGUAUUCCAAUAUUACUAUGAUCGCCGCGCACAACAGCCCGUUCGUGCGCCCGAACAACCUCGGGGCCAACCAGGUGCUGGAUGUGACGCAACAAUUGGAUGACGGAAUUCGCAUGUUGCAAUUCCAAACCCACUACGUGAAUGGCACCAUGUACCUUUGCCACAGCACUUGCGAAUUGCUCGACGUCGGCACCCUCGAGGCUUACCUGAACAAAGUGAAUAAAUGGAUGCGAAGGAAUCCCUACGACGUGGUUUCCUUCAUCAUCGGCAACUUCGACUAUGUGAGCCCUGAGAACCUUACCAUUCCAAUCUACGACUCCGGUCUCAAGGACCUGAUUUACACACCUCCCAAGGUGCCAAUGGGGUUGAACGACUGGCCCACCCUUUCCGAGAUGAUUCUCAAACAGAAGCGCGCUGUCUUUUUCAUGGACUACGAAGCCAACCAGACCUCGCACCCAUGGCUGAUGGAUCAAUUCUCGCAAGUCUGGGAGACACCCUUCUCGCCGACCGACGUCACAUUCCCCUGCACGCAGCAACGCCCACCCGGGUUGUCCAAAGCAGCCGCUAAGAAGCGCAUGUACAUGGCCAAUCAUAAUCUCAACCUGCAGCUGAAUCUGGGUUCAUUGAGCAUGUUGAUCCCCAACACUGCCCAGGUGGCGCAAACCAAUGCGGUGAACGGCAGUGGCAGUCUAGGUGCCAUGGCGGAGAACUGUACCGAUACCUGGGGCCGUCCCCCCAACUUCCUUCUGGUUGAUUACUACAAUUAUGGUAAUUUCAACGGCUCCGUCUUCGAGGUUGCUGCCCAGAUGAACAACGUCACUUACAACCGUAAAUGCUGCGGUAAGACCUCUGGCGCACUGCGGGAGGUUUCUGUCGCUGGCACAAACCCCCCAUCACAUGACCUCUUCCCCCACCGCAAACCAACUCCAUCCACUCGCAACUCCAACCAUCCACCCCUCACCUCCCAAACACCUCGAAAUCCCAAAAAUCUCCGGCGAGGGUCACCAAUCCCUCCCACCACACCGCCCAACAUGGUCGACAUCGUCCCCCUCAGCAGUUACCCCUCGUACAUCGACCUCCUCCCAUCAAUCCAAACCUGCAACAUCACCAACCUGCCGGAGAACUACUUCCUGAAAUACUACCUCUACCACGCGCUGACAUGGCCCCAACUGAGCUUCGUGGCGGUCGUGCGCCCGCGCGGAGGAUACAAAACCAAGUCCUCCGGCGCCGGUAUGGCCGGUGAUGUCUCAGGCGAGUACCCCAAAGUAGUAGGCUACGUACUCGCAAAGAUGGAAGAGGAGCCAACAGACGGAAAACAACAUGGACACAUUACCAGUCUGAGUGUGAUGCGCACGCAUCGACGAUUGGGUAUUGCGGAGAGAUUGAUGCGGAUGAGUCAACGCGCAAUGGCCGAGUCUCACCGUGCGCACUUCGUCUCGUUGCAUGUGCGCAUGUCGAAUGUUGCUGCUUUGCGGUUGUAUCGUGAUACGCUGGGCUUUGAGGUUGAGAAGGUCGAGGCGGGAUACUAUGCUGAUGGGGAGGAUGCGUAUGCGAUGCGAUUGAAUUUGGAGAACAUGUGGCUUGAUUGGAAGGCGAUUGAGAAGCGGGAUCGGGAGAAUAAUAAGGAGAACGGGGAGGAGGGGAAUGAGGAUGAGGGUGAGGAGGUUGGAGAGCUUGGGAAGAAGGAUGCGGAGAAGAUGAUUCGGGUCAAGGUUGGGAGGGGACUUGGUGUUGGUGAUUUGGUUGAGAAGAAUGAGGCUCAGGCUCAGGCUUAG